UCUGUGGUGGAGUAGGGGCAGACCGAGCCGAGCCAAGCCGAGGCAGGCUGUGUGUGAAUGGGAGACCUCGCCGCGCUCCUGCGCUCUGUGAUCUCUGCUCUCUGGAUUAUUCCUCACUUUUUAAAAACCCGCAGGAUUUUGUGGUGACCUGUGCGGGCUCCUCUUGCUGCCUCCAGCUGAGCUCACCUCACUCAGGUUUUAUGUGAGGAGAAGAAGAAGAAAGGCAGCAGAAGCGCGUGGGACUGUGUGGAUUUAAAUAACUGAUCGGACUUUUCUGCGCGUCCCCGUGCAGCCAUGCCCCACUGAAGCCGACUCUUCACCAGACCUGCCGCCAGCUCUUCUCUCCUUUUCCUCCUCCCCCCUCUCCUCCUCUGCCCCUUCAUCCUUUCCUCUUCGUGUCCACCAUGGUCUUCUCCUGUUCCUCUCCUCUGCUCCUCCUCCCUCUCCUCUCCCUUGUCCUCUUUUCCUCCCCUAUCCUCUCUGCCCCUGCUGCUCCUCCGCCUCCCUCCGUGCCAUCGGGCAGAGUGGUGUACCGGGCCUUUGACACCUCCCUCACCCACCUGACCGUCCACCAGAGUACAGGUGAGGUGUAUGUCGGAGCAGUGAACCGAGUGCUGAAGCUGUCAGCUAAUCUGACGGAGCUGCGGAGUCACAUGACCGGACCUGUGGAGGACAAUGCUAGCUGUUACCCUCCACCCAGCGUCAGGUCCUGCGCUCAUCGACUGGAGAUGUCAGAUAACGUGAAUAAGCUCUUACUAGUGGAUUAUAUUGGAAACAGACUGGUGGCAUGCGGCUCCAUCUGGCAGGGCGUCUGUCAGUUCCUCAGGCUGGAGGAUCUCUUCAAACUGGGGGAACCGCAUCACCGCAAGGAGCACUACCUGUCUGGAGCCCGAGAGGCUGAUGGGAUGGCAGGUGUGAUUGUUGAAGACCACUGGUUGGAUGACCCAAAGAGAAAGAUGCUGGAGAAGACCAAGAGCCACUUGUUCAUCGGAGCCGCCAUCGAUGGAAAGUCGGAAUAUUUCCCCACGCUGUCCAGCAGGAAGCUGGUGGUUGAUGAGGAGAGUGUCGAUAUGUUCUCUCUGGUUUACCAGGAUGAGUUUGUCUCCUCGCAGAUCAAGAUCCCAUCCGACACCCUGUCACUCUACCCUGCCUUCGACAUCUACUACGUCUACGGCUUCUCCAGUCGCACGUAUGUGUACUUCCUGACGCUGCAGCUGGACACACAGCUGACUCAGAUGGAUGCCGGAGGAGAGAACUUCUUUACAUCUAAGAUUGUGAGGAUGUGCUCUGAUGACACGGAGUUCUACUCAUAUGUAGAGUUUCCUCUGGGCUGCACAAAAGAUGGCAUAGAGUACCGAUUGGUCCAGGCCGCCUACAAGCAAAAACCAGGGCGGCGGCUGGCACAAGCGCUCGGCCUUUCUGAAAACGACGACAUCCUGUUUGUCGUCUUCUCACAGGGUCAGAAGAACCGCUCCAACCCACCAAGAGAGACGGUCCUCUGUCUGUUCACCCUCCAUGACAUCAACCUGGCCAUGAGAGAAAGGAUCCGCUCCUGUUACCGUGGAGAGGGACGGCUCUCGUUACCGUGGUUACUGAACAAAGAGCUGCCCUGCAUCCACACUCCGAAGCAGAUCGGAGAUGAUUUCUGCGGUUUGGUACUGAACCAGCCGCUCGGAGGCCUGAGGGUGAUCGAGGGACAGCCGCUGUACGAGGACCGGACCGAGGGCAUGGGCGCCGUGGCCGCAUACACCUACGGGGAGCACACGGUGGUGUUCGUGGGAACCCGGAGUGGACAGCUGAAGAAGAUCCGCGUGGAUGGGAUCCCGCCGCCGGCCGAGAACGCUUUGCUGUAUGAGACAGUGACUGUGGUGGAGGGCAAGCCGAUCCUGAGAGACAUGGUGUUCAGUCCUGACCAUCAGUACAUCUACCUGCUCAGUGACAGACAGGUGAGCAGACUGCCGGUGGAGAGCUGUGAGCAGUACAGCAGCUGCUCAGACUGUCUGGGAUCAGGAGACCCUCACUGUGGAUGGUGUGUCCUCUUCAACAAGUGUUCCAGACAGGAAGCAUGUGACAAGUGGGAGGAGCCUCAGCACUUUAAUACACAACUGGACCAGUGCGUCAACAUCUCUGUUUCCCCGAGCAGCAUGUCAGUCACCUCCCCGGCAAUGCAGUUAACCAUUCAGGUGCAGAACGUCCCUGCGCUGUCUGGUGGGGUUACCUGUGUGUUUGAGGACCUGAGUAAUGCACCCGGAGAGGUGCGGGCCAAAGGUCAGGUGAUGUGUAUGUCACCAUCACUGAGGGACCUUCCAGCACAGACACACUCCUUUGGAGCGAAACGAGUGGUGCAGCUCAGCCUUCGCUCCACAGAGACUGGACACCAGUUCAUCACCACAAACCUCAUCUACUACAACUGCUCUGUGCUCAACUCGUGCACUUCCUGUGUCAGCAGUGAGUUUCCGUGUCAUUGGUGUAAAUAUCGUCACAUCUGCACCAACAACCUGCAGGACUGCUCCUUCCAGGAGGGACGAGUCAGCAACAUGGAGGGUUGUCCUCAGAUAAUCCCUACCUCUGACAUCCUGGUUCCAGCCGGGAUGGUUCGUCCAAUCACGCUGAGAGCUCGUAACCUUCCCCAACCUCAGUCUGGUCAGAAAAACUACGAGUGUGUGUUUAACAUCCAGGGAAAAGUCCAGCGCAUCCCCGCCGUCCGCUUCAACUCCUCCUGCAUUCAGUGUCAGAACACCUCGUAUUGGUAUGAAGGGGACGAGGCUGGUGAUCUCCCGGUGGAUUUCUCCAUUGUCUGGGAUGGAGAUUUCUUCAUCGACAAGCCCGCGUCUAUGAAAGCGUUGCUGUACAAGUGUGAGGCUCAGCGCUCCAGCUGUGGUCAGUGCCUCAAAGCUCCAACUGCCUUCGAGUGCGGGUGGUGCACCGAAAGCAGGAAGUGCCUCCUCCGACAGCACUGCCCGUCCCCCGAACAGAACUGGAUGCACUACACCCGACACAACCUGCGCUGCAGCCACCCACGCAUCACCAAGAUCAGUCCAGUGACAGGACCCCGGGAAGGAGGGACUCGGGUGACAAUCGAGGGGGAGAACCUGGGUCUUCAGGUGAAGGAGAUCGCCCAUGUUCAGGUGGCGGGAGUCCGCUGUAACCCCAUCCCCUCGCAAUACAUCAGCGCAGAGAGGAUCGUCUGUGACAUGGCCGAGGCUCUUCUGCCUCACUCUCCAGGCGGUCGGGUAGAGGUCUGCAUCGGCUUGUGCAACGAAGAAUAUCGAGCUUUCUCCAGUGACACGUACGCCUUCGUGAGCCCGACUUUCAGCCGUGUCCAUCCAGAGAAGGGACCUGUUUCUGGGGGAACCAGACUGACGGUGAUGGGUCGACACUUGAAUGCCGGCAGCUCUGUCACUGUCUACAUAAACAAGGAGGAGUGUCUGUUUGUCAAACGAACUGAUCGGGAGAUAGUUUGCAUAACUCCCAGCUCCACGUCAGGCACGGGCGAAGCCCCCAUCCGUCUGAAGAUUGAUAGGGCCGAGGUUACAAGCACAGAUACCAAGUACACAUACACGGAUGACCCAACCAUCACCAGCAUUGAACCAAACUGGACCAUCCUCAAUGGCAGUACGGUGAUAACUGUGACGGGAACCAACCUGCACACCAUCCAGGAGCCCAAAGUCAGAGCCAAAUAUGGAGGAGUGGAAACUAACAAUUACUGCACUGUAGUCAAUGACAGCACAAUGACAUGCUUGGCUCCUGGUCUGGUCUACACUAAACCCGACCCGCCAGAGGGGGCGCUGCGGCCCGAUGAGUUUGGCUUCAUCUUCGACCAGGUGUCCUCUUUGCUGGUGCUUAACUCCACCCCCUUUACACACUACCCGAACCCAACCUUUGACUCCUUGGGGAACUCUGGGAUCCUCGAGGUGAAACCAGGGUCACCCAUCAUCCUCAAGGGUAAAAAUUUGAUCCCUCCUGCCCCUGGUAACAACCGCCUGAACUACACAGUCCUGAUUGGAGAGUCACCGUGCCUCCUAACCGUGUCAGAGAACCAGCUGCUUUGUGAUUCACCGGAUAUCACUGGAGAAAAGAGAGUCGUGAUCUUGGUGGGUGGUCUGGAGUACUCCCCGGGCAUGCUCCAUAUCUACUCCGACAGUGCCUUGACGCUGCCUGCCAUCAUUGGGAUCGGAGCAGGCGGAGGCGUGCUGCUCAUCGCGAUCAUCGCAGUGUUGAUCGCUUACAAGAGGAAGACCCGUGAUGCCGACCGAACGCUCAAACGCCUCCAGCUGCAGAUGGACAACCUGGAGAGCCGGGUGGCGCUAGAGUGCAAAGAGGCCUUUGCGGAGCUGCAGACAGACAUCCAAGAACUUACCAAUGACAUGGAUGGAGUGAAGAUUCCCUUCUUGGAAUAUCGGACAUACACCAUGAGGGUCAUGUUCCCUGGGAUAGAAGAACACCCCGUCCUCAAAGAGCUUGACUCUCCAGCCAAUGUGGAGAAAGCUCUGCGUCUCUUCAGCCAGCUGCUGAACAACAAGAUGUUCCUGCUGACCUUCAUCCACACGCUGGAGGCUCAGAGGUCGUUCUCCAUGAGAGACAGGGGGAACGUCGCCUCCCUGCUCAUGGCUGCUCUGCAGGGUCGGAUGGAAUAUGCUACAGUGGUGUUAAAACAGCUGCUGGCCGACCUGAUUGAGAAAAACCUGGAGAACAGAAACCAUCCCAAACUGCUGCUGAGGAGGACCGAGUCUGUUGCUGAGAAGAUGCUGACGAACUGGUUCACUUUCCUCCUCCAUCGAUUCCUCAAGGAGUGUGCGGGCGAGCCUCUCUUCAUGCUGUAUUGUGCCAUAAAGCAGCAGAUGGAGAAGGGACCGAUUGACGCCAUCACCGGAGAAGCUCGUUAUUCUCUCAGUGAAGACAAACUCAUCCGACAGCAGAUCGACUACAAACAGCUGACGCUGAUGUGCAUCCCCCCUGAGGGUGAAGUUGGGACUGAGGUGCCAGUGAAGGUGCUGAACUGCGACACAGUCACUCAGGUCAAAGACAAACUGCUGGACGCUGUUUACAAAGGAAUCCCAUACUCGCAGAGACCUCAGGCCGACGACAUGGACUUGGAGUGGCGUCAGGGUCGGCUCACAAGGAUCAUCCUGCAGGACGAAGACGUGACAACUAAGAUAGAGAGCGACUGGAAGAGACUCAACACGCUGGCGCACUACCAGGUAACAGACGGCUCCGUGGUGGCGCUCGUCCAGAAGCAGGUUUCUGCCUACAACAUCGCCAACUCCUUCACCUUCACCAGAUCGCUGAGCAGAUACGAGUCUUUACUGAGAACAUCCAGCAGUCCCGACAGCCUGAGAUCCAGAGCUCCAAUGAUCACCCCAGACCAGGAAACAGGAACUAAACUGUGGCACCUGGUGAAAAAUCAUGAGCACAGCGACCAGAGAGAAGGAGACCGUGGCAGCAAGAUGGUUUCUGAAAUCUACCUGACCAGACUUCUAGCAACCAAGGGGACGCUGCAGAAGUUUGUGGAUGACCUGUUUGAGACUGUGUUUAGCACCGCCCAUCGUGGCUCUGCACUCCCAUUGGCCAUAAAAUACAUGUUCGACUUCUUAGACGAGCAGGCCGACAAACGACAGAUAACUGACCCAGACGUCCGACACACCUGGAAGAGCAACUGCCUUCCUCUCAGGUUCUGGGUGAAUGUUAUUAAGAAUCCUCAGUUUGUGUUCGACAUCCACAAGAGCAGCAUCACCGAUGCUUGCUUGUCAGUCGUCGCUCAGACCUUCAUGGAUUCCUGCUCGACGUCUGAACAUCGGCUCGGCAAAGACUCUCCAUCCAACAAACUGCUCUACGCGAAGGACAUCCCCAACUACAAGAGCUGGGUGGAAAGGUAUUACAGGGAUAUAGCCAAGAUGCCUAGCAUCAGCGAUCAGGACAUGGACGCAUACCUGGUGGAGCAGUCCCGACUCCACGGAAAUGAGUUCAACACACUGAGUGCACUCAGCGAGCUCUACUUCUACAUCAACAAGUACAAGGAAGAGAUCCUAACAGCACUGGACCGGGAUGGGUACUGUCGCAAACACAAACUGAGGCACAAACUGGAGCAAGCCAUCAAUCUGAUGUCUGGAAGCAGCUGAGAGAAGUGGAAGGAUGAAUGGACUGAUGGAUUGAUGGAUUGGGGGGGGGGCGUGGGAAGAUGAAUGGGGGAGGGGGAAAUGAGGGCAUUUGGUUUUUCUGAACUGUUUAAACAGUCAGCCGAACUGCUCCGUGUUGGACCGAACUGACAGCCGCAGCUCCAGUUGCAUUAGCAAUCAAUCUAUCAGUAAUUUAUUUGUCAGUUGAUGGAUUGAUUGACUUGAAGAUCGACUGGCUGGGUGGGACCCCAACUACCUCCAUUUGGUGGAUUUUUGGGGUGGAAAAUUGAUUUCCAAACCGAUGCGGAUACAUUUACUAUGGAACUUUGAGUCAUUUGGGGGCAAAAAAUAACCCUUCUAGAUGCAUCUGUCGGUUUGGAUUUGAUUUUACUGCAAGCAGGGAUCAAACAAAGGGGAUGUAGCUGUGGGCUAAAGACUGUGUCACGUUUCUCCGAACAGUGGAUGUGACGUGAGAACAAAGUGACCUGACUUCAGCUUGCUUCGGAACUUAACAGGUGCUUGGUUGAAAGGUCGGAUCAAGUUUCCAUGAAAGCUACAGACUACACUUUGAAAAGCUUGUUCUGUCUGAAGGAUCAAGAAACUACGCCUAUGGUCAGACAGUCACAGGAAAAACACAACAGGCUGGAUUGAACUUUAAGAGCCUCAUCAUAAUCUGAACAAGUCCAGGGCUAAGUCAAGGCCUACUACAGAGGUUCAAAGCCUCUUUACUGAUGUCGUAACUUUGGACCACUUAUCCUCAACCAUACCCUUAGCAUUGUCUGGAAGAAUCCACUGUAAGGAAGUCAGGUCAGAACUUGAGGCUGGAAGCGACAAAGUCAAGUCACCGAUUUGGAAUAUCUGACCCUACCGUGGACUUUUUUGGAUUCAGUUGGUUGUUUUAAGCUUUAAUGAAGAAGACGAAAGCAAAUAAACUAAAUGUCCAAUAAACCGAUGGCUUGACCUUAACUUGAAAUCACUGGAUGCUAAGAGGAUUUGGACAUAGAGUAAUAAGGACUCUGAAGCGAGAUGAUAUAACUUGACCUUGGACUUGUUCGGCCAAGCCUCGUCAGGAUCUAAAUGUUUCUAAGUUGCUGUUUAAAUAACCACUCGAUUCUCUGGACAAUCACUCUAUACCACAGCACACUGAGCCCGAUGCCUACUGACAGACCAGUACCUGUGUCCAUAACCGUAUCCCGUCCUCCCUCUUUUCUUCACAGUCCAUCAGAAGUUUACCUCCUAAUUUUCCUCGUCCUAUUCCUUCUCUACCUUCCUUUUCUUUCCUUCUUCGCUCUUUCUCCCCACCUUUGAUUCCUGCUCAUCCUUGACCCUCGACCCUCCAUCAUUGGUCAGUCAUGCUGGCCUCUGGCCAUCCUACUGGCCAAGAAGACUCUUUAGUAAUGUACUGCCCGACCAAUCAAGACUGUGGAAUUCGCCAGAAUUGUGAAUAAUUUACUAGAAGUGAAUAUAAACGAAUAUAGCAUUACGUUUUGAAUACAUUCCAGCACAGGCACACAGGCAAGGUCUGUAAAUAAGUAGGUUGACUGUAGAAUUUUUCAACAGAAAAAAUCUCCAAAAGUGGAGUAACAGGCAUUUUUCAGGCCCACAAGAACCUAGACGCUGGGGUCCUGGAUACAAACUUUGACGUUUAUUGGUGCAGCGCUUUAUCGACAGACCUUGCACAUACAUAUACAGCCAUGCUUUACAGCACCAUGCUAAACAUGCCCAGGGGGAAAUACUGUGCAGAGCUACAAGCCCAGUGCCAUGUAAAGACCGGACCGGAUCACAUCAGAACUGGACCGGACUUGGACCAAAUCCGGACUGAAAACAACCCGGAAUAGAAUUUUAGCCGGACCGGACUCAAGAACUCUUAAGACUUGUGGCCAUAAUUGUAAACAACAAAAAAAAGAAAGAUAAUAAUGAUGACAAAGUAUAAAAAAAAGAAUACAAAAGAAAGGAAAAAAAUAUUGAAAUGUUAACAUGUAAUAAGAACUUUGUGGAUUUGACGGUAUGGAUUUUAAAGAGCUGAACUUGUAUACUGAACGUUAUGCUACAUCAGAAUCUGGAGGAAGAGCAAGAGCCAGGAGGCAGAGCGACGGUUCAAGCCAAACCAAGACCGUCCCCUCACCAUCGGAUCAGGCCCAGACCCAACCAAACUGGAUUCAACUGGAGUCUGUUGUGUUAGAAGCUCUGUAUGUGGAAGAUGAGGAAACAAACUGAACUUUUUGGUGCUUUUAUUUGCCAAACUGGUUGUUUGUUUGAACAGAUUUCCAGAGCGGCAUUGGAUGGAGGUUUGUCCUGAAGGUUUGGGUAGCGUUAUAGGCAGCGCUUCAGAUGGAGUCUGAGCUUUUGUUGCUUCAUCCAGGGCUUUCACACACCUAAGUUCUUAAACCUUACAAGUAAAAAUUAUGCUCAUGAAGAAGUUUGGAACUACUGCAACUCAGAAAAGCUCUGUGUGAACGUCGGCCUUUCCAACAUGGCAACAAUGCACCCUUCAACCUCCCAGUCCCACCUGUGUGGUAGAACAUUUUCACAUCAUGAAACUGGCUUGUAUAUAUUGCCCAAAGGUCAGUUUGGGAUGUAGUUUGAUUGCAUAGGUAUUUGGCCUUUUGAAAACUAAAAACACAAACUAACCUCUACUCAACAAUGAUUUGAGGCAGAUUUUAAUCUUCUAGUUCUGUCGAACUAUAUGGCAUCCAGCAAACAACUUGCACCAGAACUGGUCAGUCAAAACUAAUGUUGUGUAAAUGUGUGCCAGUGGAAGACUGGUAUGUAUUUUUUUGCUUUCCCCUUUUAAAUAAGAUGCAAACUGCUUCAGGGCCUUUCACGUUUAAGCUUCUAACAGGAACAAGAUUUUAGGUCCCCAACUUUUUUGGUGUGUUUAAAUAUAGUUCAAAAACCAGAAAAGUUCUUGCAAAUUUCUGCCAACUUACAGCUGAUUGCCAGAAAAUGUCAUUAAUGUUAAUGUAUAAAAAAAAUGUUUGAUGAGAGGUUUGACUGAAUGUAGACCGUAAAGUGUAGACCAUUUUUAUACACAAGAGGAAAACUAAUAGGUAAAAAAAAGUUGUACACACACAUGGUGUUUGUAGAUUUAAAUUGAGAAUGAGAAAUAACCCAGAAAGCAUAUCUUUAGCGUAAGAUGGUGUCCAGGUUAGUAACCUGCAGGUUAGUCCUAUAUGCAAACCACAGAAAACCUGAAACAUCAAUGGUUUUACCAAGCUGUGAAAAAAAACUCAACGGGGUUGUCAAAACUUAAAGCCAGUUUUUUUGCGUGAAAAUGUUCUUCCACCAUGAAGCAUCUGUCUUUUGGCUCUUUGCAAUGCCAUAGAGCAACCAAGCACCUUUUGUUUUUUCUUUCUUGCUGAUGUUUCACUGUCGUUUGAAUCUUUGGGGCCAAAAGGACCUGAGUGAGGGAGGGAGGAUUGAGGAAAAGGAGGAAAGGGUCCUGAUAAAAGACUGCCUUUAAGAUGAUUAAUUGUAGAACAGGGAGGGAAGCCACUACCAUACCAAUACCACUGUUCACCAACCUGUAUGUGUGUGUGUGUGUGUGUUUUCCUGCUGCUGCUGCAGUGGAAACUCAGCCAUUAAAUCACUGAUCGUAUCUGCAGCUCAAUUAAAAAUCUUUUUCUUUGUAGUUGCACCGUUUAAAUCACCUGAUCUGUAUCUUUGAUGCAUUUGAAAUCUCAAAUCAGAUCUCCAGUCUUUUUGUAAAAAAAAUAAUGAAAAUCUCAGCUCGCCCUUUAAACUCAAAGUCAUCAAGAACAGAUAAAUCGGAUAUAAUUCAGCGCAUCGUGUUUGAUCAGGCUUCACCUUUCUGUUGAUGCGAUGAGGUGGAGGAGAGAAGAAAACCAGCGAAUACUGAAAAAAAAGGUGCUGGGCGAUGCAUAUAAACUGUAGGGCAGGAGUAAACUCCCUCUGCAUGCUGAAAAGUGAGGAAGAGGAGAAAUUACUGUUGAACUGCAGAGAGAAGGGGUAUUUUUGUGCCAAAAGGUGAAAAAGAAAACCUGAAUUCCUUCAAAUGUAAAUAGGAGAAAUAAAUGUUAGAGUAACACGGGAGGUUGAGGAUGAAAGCGGGAGGUCAGAUUCUCUUUUUGCAUGCUAAAGUGUGAGGAGGAAGGAUGGAGGGAGAUGCUGCCGGAAUACUGAGAGGGAGGAGAGAGGGAGAAUACUGAUCAGGCCGAAAAAAGAUGGAGGCAACGUCAUCCAUCAAACCGACUGGGGAAGGAAAGGUCUCUGAGAAGAAGAGGAGGCAAAAACGCUCCAUGCUCAUUUCAGUUACUCGUGCGAACGUAAAAUUCAUUAUAGAGAGAAAUCAGAGGAUGGAAGGUAAAAGUUUUAGGGGCAGGAAUGACUAAAGGUGUGCAGGGGCAAAUACUAAAGACUGUUUCUGUUAUACCUGCACUCCUAGUGUCAUGGCAAUAGUUACAUAACAUGAAUCUGUUAUUAGUAUUUGUGCCAAUGUAGCUUUUUUAUGUUAGCAUGAACAUUAAACAGCACAAGAUGUGACUUUAAAAUUAUAGCUUUUUAGUUUUAUGCUGUUUAGUGAGAUACCCUCAAAUUACCAGAACUGACCAGACCAUCAUCUCAGCAGCUCAGCCCCCCUCUGCUGAUCAUACUUACAUGUGGAUAAACAAAUGAGCGAUUGGCUAGCUAGCAUGUCAAGAGCUGGCAGUUUGUAGCACGCUAAUUACAUGUUGCAUUUUCGUCUGGGCAAGGACUGGUUUGUGGCAGAGACAUUACAAGAAAUCUCCUGCAAAAAGUCCUGAAAAGAUCAGCUGUUGACUGGCACUUUCGGAUCAAUGAGCCUAUCAACAGCCACACUAUGAUAACUAUGAUAACUACUUACUGUAGCAGAAAGGCUGGAUCUACUUAAAGCAGUUUUUACAGAUUUAAGUUGUGGUUCCCUGCAUGUAGUUUUUAUGCUGUCAUAGGAAUUAAUGGUGGGACUGUCUCCACGUUUAAUUUAGGGGCUUCAACAUAAUUGCCUAUAGGAGUUUCCAAGAUGGCUGUCACAACUUGCUUCUAGAAGGAGUUUUCUUGUGGUUGAGUAGUUCGCCAAUUUGUAUUUCUUUGUUGUUUGUCCAGAAAAAACAAUCCUCGUGCUAAUUGCAGAUAUUAAGCUGAGUUGCUAUGAUUAAAAAUUCCUAUUGGUAGCCUUAAAUUGUGGCAACGAAAAUAACAGAUUUAUUUUACAUCAUGCAUUGCCAUGAGACUGAGCUCAUGAUUUUAUUUCCAGAUGUUCCAUUUGCACCAAGGCCAAUAUUCCACUUUUCUUUGAUACCUGAAUCCUGCUUUUAGUUGGGCAAACCAACGAAUGGUAAUGGAAGCAUUUCGUCCAUGAAGCUCGGGCUCGUCAGAUGUAGUGACACUCUUUCCUGGUGCAGCACUGAAUGCAUCUCACAAACUCCUGAGAGGUUCCAUCUGAUGUCAGCUGCCAACAGACUUCGAUACAACGAAUACUAGCAAAUAAAGUGAAAAGGAAAAGAAAACCUUUACAAUCAAGUUUAAAUUCAGCUGGGAUAAAACGAUGCUUGGGUGGGUUUCCACUGUGGUAGCAAGAAUGUGUGUGUGUACAUUUUAACAUCAUGUCCAUCCUCUGAACACACACGUGCACCUGGGAGGAGGCAACAGAGACUGAAGGAGAGCGAAGUUAAAUUCCUGUGACAACAAAACAAAAAACAGAUUGAUUUACACCCUGUUUUACGUGCAUCCAUCCACACACACACACACACACACACACACAACUCAGCGUUUUUAACAUUCUCCAGUGGUGAGAUAUUUAUUAUUUUUCUUUUAAUUUAUUUUUUACAAUGGGUUAUAUUUAUUGUUGGAGGAUGUAGACAGUUUUAUUAGUUUGUACAGCGUUAAAGCAGAAGGAAGAGCCCAACAGCAUCAGACGUUAAUUGCACACACACACACACACAUACACACACACUUUAACAGGUCAUAAAACAGUCCAUGUGCAGCCUGGGAAACAGCCAGAACUGUUGGUCACACUUCAUAUUCAUUCUUGCCAUUUUAAUUUUUUACCUCAUUACUUGUUUCCUGCAUUUAUGUCCAGUUUAAGAGCAGUCAGAAACAGGACGUGUCGAAAAACAUUGAGAAAUGUGACAAAUCGUUCUGGUUCAGUCGGUCAUUUCCCAUCGUGCACAUAGUCAAUUCAUCAAAUCCAUCCGUCUGUCUGUUUCCUCUCAGCCUGGAGUUAUUAACCAAGAAGGAGGCAGAGAGACUGAUCAAUUUUAUUGAUCAGAAUCGCCCAUCAGACUCACUUCACUCACAUGGCGAACUGUCUGACGAGUUGUUGAAUCGUUCGACUCCUUACCAGACGAUGUUCUUAAGGAGUUUUAAAAGCAAAGAAGGGGUUGGGGAAAGACAUCAGCAGGGAAAUGGAGCUCUCCCACUGAAGAUCAAUUGACAAAAAUACAUUUAGUAUAAUGGUGUUAUUCUUAUUUCUGACAGAAAAUAAACAAGUUGAUUUAAUGUUUAUCAUUUUGUAUUUUUUCUUAGGAAUCUCUUAUUUGAAACUAGUUGCUCCAUUCAUCGUAUUCUUACUGUACACUAAUCCCCCAUUGGUUAAAAAAUGGAUUUUUCUAUUUUUCUGUUAUAUUUCCAUCCAUUGUGUUAUUUCGAAGAAUUGGAUUUGAAAUCAGUGCUAGAAACUACAAAAAUGUCCCCUUCAAACCUAAUGAAGAGUUUAUCGUCCAUCUGUAAUGGAAUCAAUAUCCAAUGAAGAGUUCGACAUAUUUAUCAGAUUCUUUGGAAAUAAUCAGGUGACCACGGAGAACAAAUCCACUUUCAUAUUAUGUAUUGUUUAUCAUUUAGAUGAAUCUGACCAUAAUUCUUAACUUUCUGGGAAAUCUCUCAACCAACAAUUUAUCAUUAAUGGUAUCUUAAGAUGCAAGUCACAUUGUAAAGCUUUCAUUGAUUUCCUGUGGGAAAAAAAUCCAUUUUAUACUAAUGGGAGAUUAAACUCAAUGGUAUAACUGCCAUUAAUAAUCUGCGGGAGGUUCAGUAAUCAGCAGCAGAAGUAGGUCAGAGAGUUUCCCUACAGAAAACUUGCACUGACCUCCCAUUGGAAAUCAAUGGGAGCUGGCUGACCCGACCUCAUUAGGCCCCUCCCACCCCUGCAGACUCCAGACAGACAGUUGGGUGACUGACAGACGAGUUGAGCCAACAGCGGAUCCCAGCGGGCUUCAUUGUACCAUAGCAACAGCGUAUCACUGGACUCCCCUCUGAGCUCAAACGGGGGGUCAGAUGUCUUUAUUGUACCAUAAUAUGAUUAUUAUUACUACAGUUAUAAUUAUUAUUAAUAUUCUGAGCGGAGGCUUCUUGGUUGCUGUGCCAUCAGGAUCCACAGCAUUCAAAUAAAUUUUAUCUAUAAGCACUUUCAGAAUAUAGUCCUGGAUUUUAAACACACAGUCCAAAAGUCCUCGUCUGGGUCCCUGAACCACCAGUCGAGAAGCGCCGCUCACACUGGAUCUUGUGUCUUAGUUCAGGAUCUGAUUGUUCAUUCAGGCGGUGUUUGGGGUGCUGCGAGCGUUGGAUCAUGAGGCUUCACCAAGCAAACUUUGAUAAAUCCCUGUCAUUAUUUAUUAGGAAGCUGACGGUGAAUCUAGUUUAUGAAUCACGGCCGGAUGCCACAUAUUAUUAUGACUAAAAUUUGGUAGAGCCGCAAUUUUUGAAGUUCAAUAGCAGCUGUCUCAUGAUAAUUAUAAAAAGAUAUAAUCAAAAAUGCAAGAUGUUUAUUGUACAGGGCAUGGCUGUCAGCAUGACUGUAGAUGUCAUGUAUAUCUCUUUUUUAGAUAUAUAAUAAAUAUAUAACCUAAAAACACAGGUGACCAUGCGUGACAGUCCAAAAAUCACAUUAUUUCAUUAGUAAUUACACAUAAAUGUAAGAUUUAAACAUUUUACUUUUACAAAAUAAAAACAUUCCCUUUUAACCAUCUGCCACAAACAAAUUAAUAAUUUUUGUCCUCCACCAUUAUACUCAUUUUUUUCAGUUUUGGCUGGAAAUAACCUGUCGCAAAACCAAUGAUAGGCUUCUUUCAGUAUUUAUGUGUUAUGUUUUUAGAUUUUCACAAACUGUCACAACUUUCAAGCAAUCCUGAACUUUUCUGCUAAUUUCUUACAUGUUUACAACAUUCAGAUUAACUGCUAAUUGAGGCACCUAAAAGUUACCUUUACUGUACAACUAAACACCAUGUCAGUCGUGUGCUGAGGGAAACCUAUUUGUCCAAUGAAAUUGCGAUUGCAAUAUCUUCUCACUUAGUUUGCUGUUUUUUAUAGCUUGAAGUUCCAGUUUUGGUCCACUGUGUGGUUAGGUUUAGAAUAGGAUCAUGGUUUGGGUUUAAUCCUGUCACGAUGUUAAGCGCAUUAAAAAUGUCUCCAUUUCUAAAUUACCCAAAUAACUGCCCAGUCAGUAACUGUAGAGCUCAUGAAACCCAGUGAGGGCUUCUGCUUGGAGGUGGCUUAAAGCAAAAUCCAAGUUGUAGUGCGAGAAAUCUAAAAAAUGUAGUAAGAAGGAUAGUUUGAUGUCGUCUUUGUUGUGAAAAUUAAAAGAACAAACAAAAGGAUUUAUCAUGUUGCCUUAUCAGCAUUUAUCACCUGUUUAUAUUAUUUCCAGCCUCAACAAACCUUCUGGUCAAUCAUUCCAGACCAGUUUCCUUUAGAAAUGUUUUCCCAUCAAACACAAAGAAAAUGGUAUUGAAAGUAUCCACACACAGUCUCGGUUGUAGCUUGACUGAAGUGAGGAGAUGAAUUAUUUCAAAUGCAGGGAUAAAAUCCUGCAAUGCAAUUUUCAGAAUAAAUGAAUAAAAACAGAAAAAUAGAAGAUAUGAAACCAAAUGUAACAAAACACACAAAAUACUAUAAUAUAAACACAUCUCUUCAGCAGGUUUUUACAUUUUCUCAUAACCAGCCGACCUUCUUUUCAUAUGCAACACAAAGAAUGUGUGAAACUACGAAACCCACCAUCGAAGCCUCCUGAUCUGCCGCCAGCAGCUCUGCAGCGCUGCCGUUCAUCUCUCUGCCUGGAAAAACAGUUUUUGUUCUGUUUGAAAACUAAAAACGCAGAAAUACAUGUCGCCUUGAUGCAGCGCUUUCCAGGAUGUAGUCAGGGCCCAUUUUUUGAGACCAUUUGCCAUUGCCUUGUUUUUAUUUGUCAUUUUUGCUGAAUUAAAAUGUAAUGAUGAUGAUGAUGAUGAAUCUUCAUGUAAUAGCCUGUGUCAGUUUUUAUAUCAUUGCCAUUGCCUUCUGCUGAGUUUGUAUAUUUGUGUGAUUUCACUAAA